AUCAGCGUAUCAGGCGCGUGGUCGGGCAGAAUUUGUAAGCACAUUGAGUGAAGUGCUGUGAACCAGCAUGCUACAAACUUGUGAUUCUCACAGCUAAGAUUUGUGCCCCAGCCUGCAUCUAGUCAAAACACUUCUGUCAUUAGUGAAAAAUCCACCACCAGCAGCUUUUCUGCAUCAAGGUGAUGUCCUUGAACUUGGAGCCAUCCCUGAAGACCGAGCGCGCGAGAAAUGAGACGAAGAUGGCUUGUACGGAUGAUCAGUUUGUGCCGAACCACACGCAUACUCCGGCGACACGUUCUGAAGAAGAAGGGCGGCAUACAGCUCCUUUGCCUCCGAGUGGCGUACCCGACUCGUGCGAAGCUGCCCAGCUGCCUGAAGCAGGUGCUGCUGCUUACACCGCCGCCACCGCGGAUGGUACCCAGCUGACAGCGGCGCUGCGAGUGCUGCUGGAGCCGCUGGGCUUCGAGUGCCACCCGCUGCUGGUGGGCUGGUACAACGUACAGGUGUCAGCGCGCUUCUGGCUGCCGCAGCCGCCAGACACGCUGGCCGUGGUCGUUAUGAGUGCACCGGCCAUGUUCGAGCGCUGCUUCGUGCCACACCUGCGGCGCGCCGGCCGGCGGCCCGGCGCGCGCCGCGACCCGCUCGACUCGUGCAUGCGCGCCGUGCUGCCGGCGGCGGCGCGGCGCGUGCAUGCGGCGGCGCGCGUGCUGCACGACUUCGACAUGGCGCCGGGCCGGCGGCCGCGCGUGCUGGUGCAGACGGCUGGCCACGUAAGUGGUGCCGUGCACUUGUACCGGCGCGCCGAGCUCGCCGACGACCCGUGGCCGGCCGAGACCAGCGUCUGCGGGUGCUGCUUGCACCCUCGCUAUGGCGGCUGGUUCGCGCUGCGCGCGCUGGUGGUGAUGGAGGGAGUGGAGGCGCCAGCACUGCCCCGCAAGACGCCGCCGGAGAUCCUGACGACGGACGCGCAGAAGCGCGAACUGCUCGAGCUCUUCAACUGGCAUUGGCGCGACUGGCGCUACCGCGACGUGGGCGGCACGGCGCGCGAGCGCUACUCGCCACUGCAGCGCGAGUACUUCGGCACGCCGCCGGGACAGCGCGAUGCUCUGGUGGAGCGCCUGCUGACCGAUCCCCGCCCGCCGGCGGACGAUGGCGGCGGGGACGCGGCGCUACUGGACCUGCUGGACGCCUAG